GUGAGCUGAUUAGUGGGGAGAGUACCUGGCGUUAAUUAAUUACGAGUAAUUAAUUACAACAACAGCAGCGGCAGCAACAGCAAAAAUAGCGACAAGAAGAAGCAAGUGUUUUCACUCCAGCCCCGCCCCCUCACCUCCAGAGCCAUGGGCCCUACUGACCUGUACAAGAGGAGGAGCUUUGAGUGCAGCCAGUCCUUUAGAUCCUGUGGUUCAGUCCAGAGCGUCCAGCCCCACAACAUCUCAACAUCUCCACCUACUGAGACCCCGACCCACAGAGCUCCACCACAACACCGGCCACAAACUGCGGGCACUGCACCCUGGCAUCACCCUGGCAUCACCCUGGCAUCAGGCCAUUUACUGCUCUUUACCCUCAGCUCAGUGUUACAGCGGUAAAUCGGUACAGCAGUAAUUUGUUACAGUGUUACAGUUGUAGAUCGGGUGUUAUAGAGGUAGAGCGGUACAGUGUUACAGUGUUACAGCGGUAGAUCGAAUGUUACAACGGUAAAUCAUUACAGCUAGUAGAGUGUUACUGUGUUACAGUGGUAGAUUGGGUGUUACAGUGGUAGAUCGGGUGUUACAGUGGUAGAUUGGGUGGUACAGUGGUAAAUCACUACAGCUAGUAGAGUGUUACUGUGUUACAGUGGUAGAAUGGGUCUUACAGAGUUAAAUUGUUACUGCUGUAAAUUGUUACAGUGGUAGAUCGGGUGUUACAGUGGUAGAUCGGGUGUUACAGUGGUAGAUCGGGUGGUACAGUGGUAGAUCGGGUGUUACAGUGGUAGAUCGGGUGGUACAGUGGUAGAUCGGGUGGUACAGUGGUAAAUUGUUACAGCUAGUAGAGUGUUACUGUGUUACAGUGGUAGAUCGGGUGUUACAGUGGUAGAUCGGGUGUUACAGUGGUAGAUCGGGUGUUACAGUGGUAGAUCGGGUGUUACAGUGGUAGAUCGGGUGGUACAGUGGUAGAUCGGGUGGUACAGUGGUAGAUCGGGUGGUACAGUGGUAGAUCGGGUGGUACAGUGGUAAAUUGUUACAGCUAGUAGAGUGUUACUGUGUUACAGCAGUAAAUUGAAUGUUACAUCAGUAGAUCGGGUGUUAGUCGUAAAUUGUUACUGCUGUAAAGUGUAACAGCGGUAGAUCAGGUGUUACAGUGUUAUAGUAUCUGGGUGUGAGUGUGUGGAGUGAGGAGAAGAUGACUGAUCAGGAAGCAGCUCCAGCGUAUAUGAUCUUCAUCCUGGUUUUCUGCUUCUUCAUCACCGGCCUGCUGGGAUUUAUCUUCUGCCAUGUGCUGAAGGACCGGGGGUACCGCUGCAGAACCGGAGAACCGGAGGACGAGGAGAGUAAAAAUACGUACGGAACAGAAAACUAUGAUGAUGAUGAUAAUGAAGACACUGUUGAGCGAAUACUUAAGUGCAUCAUUGAAAAUGAAGCAAAUAUGGAAGCUUUCAGUGAAAUGUUGGGGAACCAGACUCCUCCCGCUCAUCAUAAUCUACGAUUUCUGCGUAAGGAGAGUGUGUGGAGUAUUCCCUCUCAUCAUCACACCAUCCACAUGGGCGAUCUGAACUUCUGCCACCACUGUGGGCGCGGCCACGCCAAGAAAACCCAGUGCAGAACCAACAUGAUCAGAACCAGGAGAGCCGGAGAGCAGACCGUGCUCUCUGUGGGCAGGUUUCGGGUCACUCACAUGGAGAAGAAGAGUCCUCCAGACUCCGCUAAUGUGACCAUCUCAGAAUCUCGUGAUCAUCCAGAUCUCCUGGUACCUCUGGAUGGUAAAUCUGGACUCAGGGACGCCCCGAUACCGAAUAAAGAGAGUUAUAAUAUCCGCAACAUGUUUAAAAACACUGAGGCAGCGAAUCCCUCCGGACCACAACCGUCCAAACCCAAGAGAAGAGACAGUCUUCCGGUCGUCCGGCGGGGAAGCGGUGCAGUCGGGCGGCGAGACGACGACAGGCGGGACAGCGUCACAGUCGGUCGGGACGGCAUUGACGUGGGAGGGGAAGGCGAGACAGUCGGGCGGGGCGGCAAAGCCAUGGUGAGAGAGGACAAGACAGCUGGUGAGGGCAGCAAUGCUGUAGGAAGGGUCAGUGAUGCAGUCGGGCAGAACGGCGAUACCAUUGGUCGACAUGGCGAUGCCGUGGAACGGGAUGGUGACACAGUUGGGCGAGACGAUGAUGCAGUUGGGCAGGACAGUGAUGUCGUGACUAUAAAGGACAGUCAGACUAAAACUGGGACGGAUCCUGCUCCAGACAACAGUUUAAAUUCAGAUCAGAGUCCUGAAAAUAAUCCACAGUAAUUUCAUACAUUCCACAAACAACUCAUUUCUGCUGUAUUUUUUAAAAUAUACAUUUAAUAGGUUUAAUUCAUGUUACUAUGUACAUAUUUAACAGUACUACUUUAAAAUAAGGCUCCUUUAUUAAGGGUUUAUUAAUGGUUAUUAAUUAGUUUAUGAACCAGGAAAGGCAACAGCGGUCUGUCGUUUAUCAAACAGUGAUUCCACAUUCAUUUAUACUGAUAAACCAGCAUUAACAUUUCUGUUAACUUUAUUCAGUUUAUAAUAAUUACAUAUUAAAUGACUAAACUUGCGUUCUAUAUUAUUUUAUUUAGAUAUUAUGGCCUCACAUUAAUGUCAAAAGUCGGGGGGUAAAAAUACCAGAUGAAAAAAAAUUAACCAGUGUCUUUUAACAUUUUGCAUGUGUAAAUUAACUUCUCAUUAACACACAUGUGAAGCUCACGAGUAAAAAUAGGGGAAUGGUGAGCGCGCUGAACAGAAUAUCGCUCUCGAGCUUCAUUUUUCUCCUCUCGGAUUCACAGUUCUCCUCUCGCGCUGUUUGAAUUACCUUUGGCUUAGUGUUUUGCGCUCGAGUUUUGAAAGGGGUGGUUUUGACAGUUUGGGGGCGGAGUCAGGGUCGCCUCCCUCAGCAAAUACUGAUAUAUCCAGAGUUUGUGAUGGACCACCUACCUCCAAGAGCCGGAGGAGUGCGGAGAAAUAAGGACGGCAGAGUUAGCUAUUUGGCUAUGCUAACAUCAAACAAAUCGCCCUCCGCUGUUAGCUCGGGUUUAGUGCCCGGAAGGAACGGCUCUCUCAUUCAGCGCCGGCCGCUCCAGUCGGUAAACGAGAGAGCCGGUAAUUCUCAUAACGCGCGAUCAGAACUGUGAAUUUGAGAGGAAAAUAAAACACCCGGGAACCUGGGAGGAGGAAAAUGAAGCUCGAGAGUGAUGUUUUGUUCAGUCCUUUUUUUUUUUUUGCUUGUGAGCUUCACAUGUGCGCCCACAAGAAGUUAAUUUACACUCGCAAAAUGUUAAAACAAGCUGGUUAAUUUUUUUCACCUGGUAUUUUUGACAUUGAUGUGACACCAUAAUAUAUGUUAAAAAGUUAUUUUCACUGUUAUUCUUUCUGUUUAUGUUGUAUGUGCUUAUUAAUAUUUAAGUAUUUAAGCACCUAAUUAAUAAAUAUUACUAAACUUCUUAUAGAGGAGCCUUAUUGGUAAGUGCCUAACCAAUAAGCCUUAAGUGGUACCUAUUUAAUAUAUUUUAGCAGAACAAUAUAUUUUUUCUGUUAAAUAUUUAAUGAUUGUUUAAAAUCUCUACAGGUAGUUAUGUUUAAUCAGGAAGAACAGCAGGUUCUUAGGAUGUAUUUUCACACCGUGUUUGUUACAUGUGUGUGUACAGGUGUUUAUUAUAUAUAUUGAUGUGUUUUCUGUAGCUUCAGUAGUGCAGGUGUGAUGAUGGGUGGACGUGUCCUGUUUAUUUUAUUAUUAUUUAUGGGUUACUGUUCUUUGGCACCUCUGCCCGUCCUGUCUGUCAUAGAAACACCUGGAUUUUGGCUAAUUGGAUUACCUGACUGAAUCCUGAUUGGCUGAUAUAAAUUAGAAAGAAGUGUUUUUAUACUGGAUUAGCGGAGCUAUAGAGUGAGAUGAUGUGUGUGUGUAUAGUGUGUUAAUGGUUGCUCUGAUACCUCAUUACCUGGGAUAGUUAGAGUUAUAAAGGUGUCUUCUUGUGUGUUUAUUUCUUUUAUUUUAGAGUGUUAUAGAUGUUUAAUUGGAAUAUCUUUUUUCUUGUUUUCAGUCAGUGCUUUGUGUUUCGGGAGCAAUAUAUCAUUUAACUGGAUUAAAUUAACUGCAUUUUUUAUCCAGUUAGUAAAAUGCUGGUGCUGCUUUGCCUGUUGUUGAAUUUUAUAUGUGUAUAUAUUUUAAUCCAGGUACUGCAUGAUUGUAAAGCUGCUUUGCGACAGUGUCUGUGGGUUAUGGGCCAGGGUUUAUAUGAAAUAUAGUAAUUUUUUAAUAACUGGAUUGUUGUACAUACCUCUCUGCUUUUAAAGUUUAAGGAUGCUCUAUUAAAAUAAAAAUAAAAUAUUUCUAUACACUUUUAUAUUGAGUUAUGAAUUAUGAAUACUUAAGAAAUAAAGGAGUGUUGGGUGGUGUAAUCAGGUCUAACAAAAACAAGCACAAAUUCAUUUGGGUAGUACCUCUAAAUUAGAGAAAUAAGAAAUAAUUUUGCAGUUUUUAGAAAAAAUAUAGAUUUUCCAUCCUCUCAAUGUGUAUUUAAUGUGUAAUUUAAGUUUUAAAAAUAACACGACUUCCUUCAGACUUUAAUGCAUCAAUAAUCAUUUCUGCUGUAUUUUAAUAUAUAUUUAAUAUUUUAAUUGUAUAUUUUAUAAUAUAUUUAAUAUGUUAGUAUUUAUAUAUUUUUAAUAAAUGUUAACUGGGCAAUGUUUAUGUAUUUUUAAUAUGCAACGUUUUUGUGGAAAAAAAAAACAUUUAAUUAAAAAGACACUUUUACACUUUAAUAUGUAAAAAGACAGGAACACCGAGACCACUCAGACCAUCCUGCUUCAGACAACUGUUUAAAUUCAGAUCAGAGUCCUGAAAAUAAUCCACAGUAAUUCCAAAUGUUCCACAAAAACUAAUUUCUGCUGUAUUUUCUAAUUGUAUAUUUUAUGAUAAAUUUAAUAAAUUUUAAUAAAUGUUAA